GUAUUUGGUGAAUAUGACAGAUUUUGUCAAUGUUCUAACCUACUACUUAGUAUUUGCCUAAUGUUAUUGUUUUUUUUCCUUUAUUAGAAAUGGAUCACGAUGAGAGAGAGGAAAUUUUCAGCAUUUUGAUAUUAGAGGAGAUGAACCUGCAGAUGUUGCUUUUGUGUAUGAUGUAUAUGAUUGUGGCAUCCACAGUUGCUGAAAGGCACUACCGUAAACAUAUAUUGAAGGAUCGCACAUUGUUUAAAAGGCAAGCUCGUUUAGAUCACCUUGAUCGCCUCAUUAACAGUAGUGACUUGAAUUGUGUGGAACAACUUAGAUUGGAUAGACGUACAUUUACUCUACUAUGCGAGUUGGCACGUACAAUUGGUGGGUUAAAAGAAGAUGGAAUUGUGACUAUAGAAGAACAAGUGGCAAUGUUCCUACAUAUACUUGCCCAUCAUGUGAAAAUUCGUGUUAUCAAGUUCAGAUUUAUGAGGUCUGGAGAGACAAUAAGUAGGUAUUUUAACUUAGUUUUAAGUGCUGUGAUAAGAAUGCAUAGUGUGCUUCUUGUGUCACCUGAACCAGUUCCGGAGGAAUGUACCGACGAGAGAUGGAAAUGGUUUAAGGUAUGUUUGCUUUGCUAUUACAUGGAUUAAUUUAAUACUUUAAACAUAAGGUUAUUCUAUUAAUUUCAUGUUUCUAGGGUUGCUUAGGAGCAUUAGAUGGCACAUACAUUAGGGUACGUGUUCCAGAGGUUGAUAAACCAAGGUAUCGAAAUAGAAAGGGUGAGAUAGCGACCAAUGUGUUAGGAGUUUGCUCACGUGACAUGAGAUUCAUAUACGUUUUACCUGGAUGGGAAGGCUCAGCAGCAGAUUCUAGAGUGCUUCGAGAUGCUUUAGUUAAACCCAAUGGUCUGAAGAUUCCUGUUGGUAAUUAUUAUCUUGUCGAUGCCGGAUACACAAAUGGGGAGGGCUUUCUUGCUCCUUAUAGAAGUACUCGAUACCACCUAUCCAAGUGGAGAGAAGGUUGUAUGCCAAAUUCCCCUGAGGAGUACUUCAACAUGAAGCAUUCUCAAGCUAGAAAUGUCAUAGAAAGAUGCUUCUGUCUAUUAAAGUUACGGUGGGCUAUUCUUAGGAGUCCAUCUUUUUAUCCAAUUAGAGCGCAAACACGAAUUAUUAUAGCUUGUUGCCUUAUACACAACUUGAUAAGAAGAGAAAUGGCUAUUGAUCCAAUUGAGGCACAAUUAGAUGAAGUUGCUAACACCAUUGAAGAUGUGGAAACAAUUAAUGUUCUUGAGCCAUCGGAUCAUUGGACAACAUGGAGGCAAAAUUUGGCAAUACAAAUGUUUAAUGAGUGGAAUGCAAGUCGAGGACAUGGAGGAGUCGCCUGAUUUGACAUUAUUCCUUGUCUCAUUUGUUUCUAAUUAUUGUAAGGUUUGUUUUGUAAGAUGUUUUUGUUUCCAUUGCUAUUAGACAUGUAUAAUAUGGUGCUGAUUUGUCAUCAUGGAGAAAAAUAUUCCUUAUGUAAUGUUUGAAUUCUGGCUAUAUCAUUUUAAAUUUUUAAUACUAUGCUGUUUUUAUCAUUAAAUUUUCUCUACCAUGCUAUCAUCUAUCAUUAAAUUUUGUAAAAUUGCAAUGAGAUGUUUAGGAAUGGAAGGUAGCGAUUUUAGUCAAACCCAAGGAAGGGGAACAAAGAGAGACCGACGUGUAUGGACAAUAGAUGAAGAAAAUGCACUUCUAGAUGGUCUUGAAGAACUAGUUGCGCGAGGAAUGAAAGCCGAUAACGGCUUCAAGAGUGGUUACAUGAUUAUGUUAGAGAAGUGGGUUCAAGAAAAGUUUCCUGGUUCUGGCAUUAAGGGCAAUCCUCAUAUUGAGUCGAAAAUGAGAUACUUGAAAAAGUUGUAUAAUCAGAUUUAUGACUUGAAGGAUCAAAGUGGCUUUGGAUGGGAUCACGAAAAACAUUCCGUUGAUAUUCAUUCGGAAGAUAGUUGGCAAAAAUAUUGCAAGGCCUAUCCAGGAGCUGCUUCUUUGAGAGGAAAGUCCUUCCCUCAAUAUGAUCGACUAGCAACUGUAUUUGGAAGAGACCGUGCCAAGGGAAAUCUCAGUGAAGACCCUUCAGAAGCUCAUGCGGCUGUAGAUAAUGAAGAAAGUGAGAAUCAUUCUGACGUGGCUACUACUGGUGCAAAUCAAAACUUACCGCCACUAUCAUCUUCUCAAAUGCAAAAUGUUGCUGAUUCUUCAAGAAGAAAAAGGGCUAAAGCAAGUGACAAGUGGGCUGCUGGGUUAGUUGAAAUUGCAAGCACUUUUGGCUCUUUUAUGGAAAAAGCUAACGAGAGGAUGGAGAUGAUUGCUAGCCACAUUGGACAUGCGAAAGAUUUGGAUGAUGACAAGAGAAAAAUCAACGAAGAGCUUCUUAAGAUGUCUCUAGAUACCAUGGAUAGAAUAAAAUUGUGCAGAAAAAUUGUGAAGGAUCCUGAGAAUAUUCAUCUUUUUUUUGGAUUUCAAGGAGAUGACAGGAAGGCAUUUGUGGACAUGCUUCUCCAAGAGAUGAUAGAAGAGUAA